UUGCCGCAUGUAUUAUUCAAAGCGGUCCGCGACCUCACCGCCCCACAAUUUCGUUCGCCUUGUCCCGACGUCACUAAUUACACUGUGACACUUUACGUUGCACGGUAUUCAUUUAUAACAGCGUAUUUCCCUAUAGUUAUUGGCAGGCGAUGUCAUGUAGGUGCAAUGGAAUGCGGCGCGCUAACUAACGGUGCGGAGCGGACAGAGCAGCACGACUACACUCCCAGGCCGGGCCGAGAUCGCUGCUCUCAGAUAAGCGAGCCAGCGAUACGAAAUCCAAUAAGCCAUUUCCUUGAAGCUCUCACAGGCACCGCGGCUCAAAAAAAUUACCAAAGACGAACAAAAAAGGCCCGUGAAUAA